AUGUUUCGACAUGGGCCAGUCCCCGCGGCAGCUCUCGAAGGCGGGCUCAUUCCCCUCUGGUCUGAGGCAUUCCUCGUCGUCGGCUGCCCGUACCUCCACUUGAUUGAGCCUGGGUGGCCGCCGUUGCCCGGAUUGACCCAGUCCAGUUCAGAUUGCGGUUCGCGAAUCCACACCGCCCGCAGGCUACCGCUGUCACUCGGCUCGAAGAGCGGGCAGCCGACUCCUCCAGAACUUCCUCAUCCUCACAUUCCUGAGCUCCCUGCCGGAGUCUCAGCCGGAGUCUCGGCCGGCGUUCACUUGACGCCUCCUCUCUCUCACUCUUCUCCAAGCGCUAAAACGACCAGACCAUCCCCCCGCUCGGCUGAUCUGAGAUCCGAGUCCGCGCCGCUGAUACCACCCGACACCUCGAGACAGGUUCUGACGCCACGGCCAGAAUCCUCGCCUCCUAUUCCCGUCGACCCAACCGUCGCAAACUACGCGCCGUAUCAUGUCCGUCGACCAACCAAUUAUGUGCCUCUCCCCCUCGGUUCAUCAUCCAACCCUGCUUUCAACGGUUCUGCCGUGCCAGUCUCGCCAAGAUCGCAUCGGUCGUCGAUUCUUGCGCGGUUCAGAAAACCGAAGCCCGACUCCACGCCGUCAGUCGUCUCGACGGGUACCAGCGGCGAUAUCAGAUACCUUUCCUUUUGCUUCUCUUCCGACGGAGUAUCUCUCCUAAUUUGGGAAAAGAACAGCCUUGUGAUAGCUCGUCUCGAUGCCCGAGGAGACAGCGGAAGGCCCAUUGACCUCGUCCCCAUUCUCCGCAGGGCGCAAGGCGGACAAGCAACCUCCGGCAGCGCUCUCUUUGUGGCCGAGGGUUGUGGCAGCAUAGCUGCUAUCGUAUCGCAGGGCGCGAUGGGAAAGUUCCUGGUCAUACUGGACCAUUCAGGGCUGGCUGAGAUGUCAGCGGUGCUGCCACUUCAGGAUAUGACGCCGCUGUGUUUAGCAAUUUCUCGAUGCAACUCAUUUGUUGCUGUUGGUCUUGCAUCACAGGUUCUGCUUGUUCGCCUGGCGGAGCACAAGAUGGACUUCGACUGGGCCGUCACCAUUUCCAUUCGCGGACCCAGCUGUUUUGAUGGCAUGACUGUUGCGUCGCAAACCUGUAAUUUUACGGCCGAUGGGAAAUAUCUUAUAGUGGCGACCCAGAUGAGAGACAAACACCAGUCGAGCGAGGAUGGCAGCAUCCACACAGCCCUUUGGACCUGCGAACGAGCGGCAAAGGGUCCGUUCCGGCUGCCCCGUUGCAAAAUGCCCAACGAUGACCAGGGCCUCACCUCAGUCCAAUUCCACCACGGCUUGCAAGUUGCCUCGAUAACAGGCCUAACAUCGGCGCGAUACCCCCUGUUCCUUUCCCUCGAUCCCCAGCAACCCGUCACCAUACCGGGCCAAGUCACAGAUUUCCGGAUACGGUGUUCGUGCAUGGCCCCUCCCCCGCAAGAUCAUCUCAUGUACUUCCUCGAUGCCAGCAACCGCGUCUGCAAAGCGGACCUGCAACAUCGAUGUGUAGACCUCGUUGCGGAUAUCUCCACGCACAGGGGAUCCCUGCGUUCACACGAAGAGCCGGCCGCUAUUGCAGUUGGGCCGGGCGGGGUUGUGGAGGUGUUUUGGCGCCAGGGGCCGGGGUUGUGGAGAUUGCAAUUUAGGCCUGGCGAAGAGGCUAUUUCGGUGGAUAAUUUAAGAAGGCGCUGGGACGAGACGAUCUAUUAG